AUGGCCUCCGGCUAUGACAGAGCCCUCUCCGUCUUCUCCCCCGACGGCCACGUCUUCCAAGUCGAAUAUGCCCUCGAAGCAGUCAAACGCGGCACCUGCGCCGUCGCAGUCAAAGGCUCCGAAAUCGUAGUGCUCGGCUGCGAAAAGCGCUCCGCAAUGAAACUCCAAGACACGCGCAUCACGCCGUCAAAGAUUAGCAUGGUCGACCAUCACGUGUGUCUCGCUUUUGCCGGGUUGAACGCAGACGCGAGGAUAUUGGUGGACAGGGCGAGAUUAGAGGCGCAGAGUCAUAGACUUACGGUUGAGGAUCCAGUGACGGUGGAGUAUAUCACCAAAUACGUGGCCGGAGUGCAGCAACGGUAUACGCAAUCGGGUGGUGUCAGGCCAUUCGGUAUCAGCACGUUGAUCGUUGGUUUCGAUCCUGAAAGUAAGGAGGCAAGACUAUACCAAACCGAGCCUUCCGGAAUCUACUCAGCAUGGAAAGCAAACGCCAUCGGCCGCUCCAGCAAAACCGUCCGCGAAUUCCUCGAACGCAACCACAAACCCGCCAUGCCGCGCACGGAAACCAUCGACCUGACGAUUAAAUCCCUCCUCGAAGUCGUGCAGACGGGGGCGAAGAACAUCGAGAUUGCCAUCAUGGCUCCGGGGAAGGAAGUGGAGAUGCUUCCGUCCGAGGAGAUUGAGAAGGUGGUGGAGCGGAUUAAUCGGGAGAAGGAUAAUGAUGCUGCCGGGAGGAGAGGCGGGGCGGCGACUGGUGGGGCGAGUGCGCAGGGGCCGGAGCAGGUAUUGACGAGUCGGCCGGCGGGGGAGGGGGCGGUGGAGUAG